GCAGCUCAGAACGGUAACAUUAAACUGGUACGAGUUCUUCUCGAUGCCGGUGUAGAUGUUAAUGCCUCAGCGGCGAAUACUGCUGGGGUGACAGCGCUUCAGGCCGCUGCUAUUCAUGGCUACAUUAGACUUGUUACAAUACUUCUCGAUGCCGGUGCUAAUGUAAAUGGCAUUAGAGCUUCAAAGGAUGGAAGAACCGCUUUGGAAGGAGCUGCUGAACACGGC